AUGCCAGCCAAACGAUCUACCGCGCAUUUCAGCAGCAAGCCUCUGGCGCAACGUAUCACUUCCGUGUCUUCGGACACCAGAGAAAAGGGAACUCAUGCGCACGCGACGCAGAUGGUGGCUUGGCUUAAACACCGAGCAGAAACUCUCGACAAAGAGAGACGGUCCCUCGCGGACCAGCAGCAAGCCCUGGAAACAAAGAUCCAGCGAGAUAUCGACGCCGCUGCCAAAUGGCAGAUAAAGGCAGAUGAACUUACGGCCAAGACGGCCGAGCCCUCCUCGAUCGAGGAACGUUUUGAAGAAGCCCUUCGAAAAAAGAAGGAGACCCAGCCUGAGACCGCCGCCGACGCCAACGCCAACGAUGACGGGGUUUAUAAGCUUAUAAGCUAUUAUUAA